ACGACCCAACAACGACCGAGUCCUUCAUUAUAUUUAUUUGUUAAUAAAAUAUAUAAAAAUAUAAAUUUCUUCACUGCAUUGUUAUUUGAAAUAGGAUUUAACAAUGUCUAAAAUUGAUGCUAAUCCUAAUGCUGAGUUAAGCAUUAUGGAGCAAAUACAAAAUCUUAUAAAACCUCCGCCAACAGAAGAUGAAAAAUUAGGUGUUCGUCCAACAGCGACCAAGCAUCCAUACUAUAAAAGACCCGGUCGGGGCCAUAACCAUGAUUUGUGUGAUGCCUGUGAAGAAGGAGGAGAUUUGCUUUGUUGUGAUCGCUGUCCAUCAAGCUUCCACUUGCAAUGCCAUGAUCCACCAUUAACGGAAGAUGAUAUACCUAGUGGUCAAUGGUUAUGCCACAAUUGUCGCAUGACAUUAAAAACGGCUCCAUCGACUUCAUCAAAAUCUAGUUCCGUUGAGCGUACUUCCGCAACACCUGCGACAGCAGCAGUUGUUGCUGCAGCUGCUGCUGGAGUUAAUUCAAGGCCUAAUACUCCUUCCGCUGGCGGUGAUCUGGAGUCGAUACCAUUGAAAAUUCGUCAUUUACGUAAACGCAGCAGUAGUCGUGCUUCAUUUUGUAGCGAUUUAAGUGGCACAGAGAAAUAUCUAUCGAAAUUACCAGUUGGUAUACAGAGGGCAUUAGACCCCAACAAGAAGCCAACACCUUUAGAUGAACUAAUUAAGGCAGCUAGUAUUUUAAAUCCAAAACAAUUUGAAUUACCAAGAGAACUGGAAAUUCAUACACAAUUUCCGGGCAACGAUAAAAUUGAACCUAUACGUAACAAUGGCAAUAAUCACAAAAAGCCCAACUAUCGCAGAAACUCUAAACCUUUCGAAUUGGAUUCUCAAGGUUUGGUUCCAUUGCCAGCUAAAACAUGUUUUUACUGUCACCGCUCGUGCAAAAAAGCACCACUUGUGGCAUGUGACUAUUGCCCAUUAUUUUUUCAUCAGGAUUGUUUGGAUCCACCAAUGACAGCAUUGCCGACCGGUUUGUGGAUGUGUCCAAACCAUGUAGAAAAUUUUAUUGACAACAAUUUACUCAGCAGUAUUUCGGCAACUGAACGGGUGCGUUUAUGGGACAAGUUUUCACAGCCAUUUGACCACGAAGCUGUAAAAAUGGACUUCUUUCGUCGUGUUCACAUGAAAAAUCCACCAUUUCGUAUUAAGGUACCAGUGAAAUCUAGGGAUACAAUCGAAGUACCCCCCAUGGUUAAGUAUCAUUAUGAAAAUCCUCCUCCCCUCUUGCCGUCACUGAGAGAAACGUUACGCUAUGAUAUCGUUAAGAGACGCAAAUGUUUGCCCAGUGCUCCAGAAGUUAUUUCCAAGGAAAGUGUAGCAGAGUCAUUGGUUAAAGACUUGGAAGCUUUAAAAUCAGCUAAGGCAAAGUUUAGAGAAAUACAAAAGGAACUUGGGCGUGUAGAAGAAUUGAGUAGUAGCAGCAGUAGCAGUAGCAGUGAAGACGAGGAGGAACCGAAAAAUGCCACAGCUCAUGGGAAUGACAAAAAGACUAGUGGGUCGGAAGCUAAAGUAGAGACUACCAAGGAUGAUAACGGCGAUGAAGUGUUGACAGAAAAACAAACAAACAAAACAAAGAUCAAACGCACAAAACGCAACUCAACAAGUCACGCCACUCAUCUGAAGGAAACAGAAAUUAAAACCGAAUGUGAGACUAUACCCGAAGAAAAGGAUGAAAAAAAUGCAACACCACAAGCAGAAGAAAAAUCAAAAAUUGAUGCUAACUACAGCUGCAACAACAAUGCAGAGGACUCCGAUGAAGAAACGAAAUACGAUCCCCAAAUAGAUACUGAACUUCAGUAUUUAGAUGUAGAGCUUAUUAAGAAAUUGGCUUUUCAACGACUGCAGCAGCUUGUACAAGAUCAUCCAGAAAUUGUUGUGCAAUAUCAAAAUCGUACAGCUGCGAAACGUAUUAGAGAACUGACGCAGACCCAACCGGCAAUUGUAACGGCGCCUGAAGAACAAAAUUCUACCGGAUCCCCCGCGGUGGUGCCAUCCGAAAUUCUUUCCCCCAAUGACGUUAGACGUUUGUGCAUUAUGUUUACGGGUGAGACAUCAUCCAUAUUGGCCCAACCUAAUUCUGCUUCCGAAGAUAUGCCGCAAUUGCAUCCCGCUUUAGCAACAGCGGCGGCAAUUGUUGCCGCCGAUGAAGAGGAACAAAAAUAUACGCCACGCCUCUACUCGGAACAAGAGAAGGCCUAUGAAAUAGCCACUAGACUUGAAUUAAAAUUGUUACGAAGAAAAAUACGUGCGCGAGCGGUUCUUACGCCUCUUGGUGAUAUUCUUGAGGACAAUCGUUGGUUUAGUAACAUCGAAUUGCGUUCGUCAUUUUUCAUGCGCUAUCGCAGCAUAAACGUGGGAUAUGGUGACACCAACCUGGGGGUGGAUGUCAAUCUAUCGUUAAUCGGUUAUUGUCGACGCAUUUCACCAAAACAUGCUACCAUAUUUUAUGAUGAUUUUUCCAAAACAUAUGAAUUGAUCAAUUACUCUGAAUACGGUACGGAAGUAAAUGGUCAAUUGUAUUCCUGCGACUUUAGUGAACCCAAUCCCACGCCAGCUAAAAAAUUAAAACCUGAUGAUGUGGACUUGCAAAAGAAAGUCCAAGCUAUUCUCGACAAAAGGAGAGGUAUCCAACGGCAUUAUUUUGUGGUUGACAACAAUGCUCGCAUGGCUCCUCCGCCUAAGCCUGACUGCAAGUGUUCUUCCAUUGAAGAAGUCCCCAUGAUUAAAGGUGCCUGGGAGGGUACAGCAAUUUUGCAGCACGGGACUUUAAUCCGCUUCGGCUGCUUAGCAUUUGUUUUCUCAAUACCAAAACUGGACACCUGCAAUGGCCAGGGAUGAAUAAAUGCAGCAAUUAUUUGCUUUUAACCAAUAAAGGAUGUUAACGGAGAGCCAUCAUCUCAUCUUAAAGUACAACAAACAAAAUUAUACGAUUGAUUUUGGUGUUUUUAAAAAAAUAUCGUUUUCUCGAUUUUAUUUUCUUAUUUAAGCUAACUUUUAAAUCUUAUCUUUUCAUUUUUGACCAGCUUUUAGCUUUGUUUUAGAUGUUUAUCUUAGUGUAGAUUGGGAACACAAUGUACAGUAAAGUUAAAUUGUAUUUUGCGUUUCAAUGUAUAUAUCAUAAACAAACUAUGUAUAUGUACAUAGUUACAUAUAUUUAUAUACAUAUAUAUACCACCAAACCGAAAUUAUACGGUUUUAUAUAUGGACGUAAAAUGUGAAGAACAGAUACACACAUACCUUCAUACUCAAAAUGGUUAAUACUACUUUUACUAUUGCAUUAUUUGGAAUAAUGUGAUAUUAAAAUAUAUAAUUAAUUUGUAAUGGAAAUAAAACACAGUUUUUA